CGCAACUGGAUGUAGGAGGUUUCUCUGUUGCUGCUGCCGGUGGAUCAAGCUGCUCCGGGAGGGCUGUGCGUAGGGGGGACUCGCUGCAGCCCCGGGUCUCUGCUGAUCAGGAAGGAAAGUUUCCCAUACACAUCAAUGAAGGAAAGAAGAACGAGUCAGAAACUGGCCAGCAAAUCAAUGAUGGAUCCCAACCAGAAUGUGAAAUGUAAAAUUGUGGUGGUGGGGGACAGCCAGUGUGGCAAAACUGCCCUGCUCCAUGUCUUUGCCAAGGACUCCUUCCCAGAGAACUAUGUCCCCACCGUAUUUGAGAAUUACACGGCCAGUUUUGAAAUUGACACGCAGAGGAUAGAACUGAGUCUCUGGGAUACAUCUGGUUCCCCUUAUUAUGACAACGUCCGACCUCUUAGCUAUCCAGACUCUGACGCCGUUUUGAUAUGUUUCGAUAUCAGUCGCCCCGAGACGCUUGACAGUGUUCUUAAAAAGUGGAAAGGUGAAAUUCAAGAAUUCUGCCCCAAUACCAAAAUGCUGCUGGUUGGCUGCAAAUCCGACCUCCGUACAGAUCUAACCACAUUAGUAGAACUAUCUAACCACAGACAGACGCCAGUCUCCUAUGAUCAGGGGGCAAACAUGGCCAAGCAGAUAGGAGCAGCCACGUACAUCGAAUGCUCUGCGUUACAGUCUGAGAACAGUGUCAGAGACAUUUUCCAUGUAGCCACCCUGGCAUGUGUGAAUAAGACUAACAAAAAUCUUAAAAGGAAUAAAACUCAAAGAGCCACAAAGAGAAUCUCGCACAUGCCGAGUCGGCCAGAACUAAGUGCUGUGGCCACAGACUUGAGGAAGGAUAAAGCAAAGAGCUGCAGCAUCAUGUGAAACCAUUACUUUUCCCAUACUGACCGAGAAAAAUUCAAUCAUCAGUGCGGUCUAAAUGAAGGGCGCUGCCAUAUAGUUCUACAUUCUGCUGGUGGCCAAGGGAAGCCCCUUGUGUUUGGUACUUUAAGGACUGAGCAUGUUGACUAAGGAAGGAAACUAUUUAGCGGUUUCUGAAAUGUUAUGUGGAAAAUAUGCCAAAAAUCCCCAAAAAGAAAUAGGAAUGUUAAAGGAGAAAAGGGAGAGAAAUAAUUUUAUAUCGGAACAACCAAACCACCCAACUGGAUUUCCCUGUGUUCUGUCCAAUCACCGGCCAAUAUUCUAGCGCACGUUAUCUUAGUCUGAUGAUACUAAUGAAACUGCACUUUGGGAUGGUGUCAUUGGCUUCAAGUGUAUAAUGAAACUUUGCAUAGCUUACUAUCAUGGACUGUAGGGCCAGAAUUAGAGAGAGCUUGGGGACUCAUAUCAUUGCAUGAAGGCUAGGGCCCCAAUCAAAAGGGGGAACAAUAAGUAAUUCAGGGUCCAAAUUGCCUUCAGCUUUCGGUGGGACACUGGUUGUUGCAGUUCAACAACAGCCCGAGGUUGGGUGCUCCUGAUGUAAAUAUAACAAAGUUGUUAAACAACAUUACAUGUCCUUUCAGUUCUUAUCAACCUUUGUUUUUCCAAAGGAGCCCCUUAGAUGCUGGGGUCCCAGGGCAAUAGCAUACCCUAUACUGGCCCUGGUGACAUAGAUAAGCGAUAGAAUGUUUAGGAAAACUCCCACAAUGCUCUGGAACAUGUUCAAUUCCUUUCCAAGCUGUCUGUAAGGAAACCAGCCGCUGGCUUAACCCUCUUUUGUUUGCACAGAAAAAUCUAAUAUGGUACCUUUUUUUCCCCUAGGGUUUUGAUUUCUUUUUUUUUUUUAAUUUUAAAUAUAGAUAUUAGGUUAAGAAACUCCAUAGACCAUGCAAGGCUGUUUCAACAUUUAAAGAUAUAAAGGUGCUAAAUAGGACUAGUGAUGAUCCUACAUUAGAGGUAGCGACCUACAGUAUUGGUGAUCCCUGAGAGCACUUUGGAUAGAAACACAUAGGAAAUACUCCAUUGUUUUCUCUGAGAACGACCGUGUAAAUUACAUUAGUGCUUAUUGAGGGUUGAACUGGCAUCUAACUGUCCACCUUGUGAAUAACCUCCCCAUCCUUUGUGAUUAGAGGGUCAGUAUAGAUUUCAGAUAUUCAGGGGAAUAUCCCUAUUGACCUUUGUUUUAUAGUAUUACAGGCAUCCGUUGCCAAAUUCACCUGGUCUUGCCCUCCCAGUUAUGCAAAAUCUGGCAAAGGGGUUCUAGGGGGGAAAGAAAAAGAAAUGCUGUGGCCACCCAGCUUGAGACAAUGGCAGCUUAGGCAAGGCUAAAGCUGAAGAGGCACCUUCAUAGAAUGAGGAGACUGAGGGAAAUGCAAAAGGACAAUGAUCACAAAAAAUGAAGGUAUAAGGGGCCCUGUAAUGUUAUCAAUAUCAUGAUGACUAUGCCUUAACCAACUCAUAGCAGUAAUUGCAUUUAUUAUGCAAGGGACUCUUAGCCGUAUCCUCCCAUGUGAGUAGUUGCAUGUCAUUACCCUAAACCUGCAACUAGCAACUGUACUAGAUUGUUUUUAGGAACAUAUUUGCUUGUUUUAACCCAUUCUGGGCCUGAAAAACUCCUUUGUAGUUGGCCACCGUCGUGUCACCAUCACCUGAUGGGUUAAAAGGAAUUUUGACUAGUACAUAUCUUGCGAAGUGGCUUGCUAGGGGCAAGCUUUCUGUCCAGCCAAUGCUUCGUUUUUUUGAAGCUUUAAUCUUUGUAUUUUUUUUUUUCUCCCCCCAAUGUUCAAAUCGUGGGGAAAUUAGGCGAUGACAAAUUCAACGCAACCUGUUCUCCAUAUCUCAAGCACUUUGUCCUAUGUCUGCAAGAAGUCCUGUUCCGCCAAUACAGAUAUAUACCACUGCAAUAUGCUUUCCCAUAAUGCAACUGUGCUUUCAGCAGAGUCUGACCAAUAGCUGCUGUGCUCUCUUUUUAUUUUGUAUACUUAAAAAUAUCGUAACAACGGAAUAAGUUAUAUCUGUCUUAAAGCUGAACAUCAUUACUUUUUUGAAUGUCGGUCACUUUGUAUGUAUGUUUUUUGUAAAUGUUCCUGCUGUAUUUAUUAAACUUUUUUUUUUUUUUUCUUUAAUAAAUGCUUAAUUAAG